GGGUCGGAGGUGUGGCGGAAGUGGCUGGGGAGUGAAGCGACAGGGAGGGGGUGGUUCCCAUUCGACCGCGUAGCCGGAUGUUUGCCUGUCCUUGACAGGCGUGGCAGAGGGAGCGGUGCCCCACCACGAACUUUGAGAAUCUCUUGAAUGACAGUCCAUUAGAGAAGUAUUGAGGGAUUGACCUGCACAAAGCGACCACCUUAAGGGUUCUCUUCAGGUUCUGCAGCGUGAAGCUGUGGGGCAGAGGCUCGGCCAUGGACCCACUCUCAGAGCUGCAGGACGACCUGACUUUGGAUGACGCCAGCCAGGCUCUGAACCAGCUGAAGCUAGCCUCCAUUGAUGAGAAGAACUGGCCCUCAGACGAAAUGCCCGACUUUCCCAAGUCAGAUGACUCCAAAAGCAGCUCCCCGGAACCUGUCACACACCUGAAGUGGGAUGACCCUUACUACGACAUUGCCCGGCACCAGAUUGUGGAGGUGGCAGGAGAUGACAAGUAUGGGCGGAAGAUCAUUGUGUUUAGUGCCUGCCGAAUGCCCCCGAGCCACCAGCUGGACCAUAGCAAGCUCCUGGGAUACCUGAAGCACACCCUGGACCAGUAUGUGGAGAGCGACUACACGCUGCUCUACCUGCACCAUGGCCUGACCAGCGACAACAAGCCCUCCCUCAGCUGGCUCCGGGACGCCUACCGGGAGUUUGACCGCAAGUACAAGAAGAAUAUCAAGGCUCUGUACAUCGUGCACCCCACCAUGUUCAUCAAGACCCUGCUCAUCCUCUUCAAGCCCAUCAUUAGCUUCAAGUUUGGGCAGAAGAUCUUCUAUGUGAAUUACCUGAGUGAGCUGAGCGAGCAUGUGAAGCUGGAGCAACUGGGGAUCCCUCGCCAAGUGCUCAAGUAUGAUGACUUCCUCAAAUCCACCCAGAAGAGCCCCGCGACAGCCCCCAAGCCCAUGCCGCCGCGGCCCCCUCUGCCCAACCAGCAGUUCGGGGUCUCCUUGCAGCACCUCCGGGAGAAGAACCCAGAGCAGGAGCCCAUUCCGCUCGUGCUGCGGGAGACCGUUGCCUACCUACAGGCCCACGCUCUCACCACUGAGGGGAUUUUCCGGAGGUCGGCCAACACCCAAGUUGUACGGGAAGUGCAACAGAAGUACAACAUGGGGCUGCCUGUGGACUUCGACCAGUACAAUGAGUUGCACCUGCCAGCGGUCAUUCUCAAGACCUUCCUCCGGGAGCUUCCUGAGCCCCUGCUCACCUUUGACCUCUACUCCCACGUUGUGGGUUUCCUCAACAUUGAUGAGAGCCAGAGAGUGGAGGCCACGCUGCAGGCCUUCCAGAUGCUGCCCGAGGAGAACUACCUGGUGCUGCGUUUCCUCACUGCCUUCCUGGUGCAGAUUUCUGCCCUCUGUGACCAGAACAAGAUGACCAACACUAACCUGGCUGUUGUCUUCGGCCCUAACCUGCUGUGGGCCAAGGAUGCUGCCAUCACCCUCAAGGCCAUUAAUCCCAUCAAUACCUUCACCAAGUUCCUCCUGGAUCAUCAAGGGGAGCUGUUUCAGCCCUGACUCCAAGGGGCUCUGAGCCCAGCCCCUGCCCCACCCGCCCCCUUCUCUGAUAGCCCCGGUUUGGACUCUUCCUCUUGGCUUCAGCCUUACGGGAGCCCAGGGCUCCUGCCCAGAAAGGGGCUGUGAGCCCCCUGGAGACAGAAGCUGGAGCCAGCCAACUGGAC